GGCGGUCAAAAAGCGGCGAUAGAGAGCGUGCAAGCGCCGCCGCCGCCGCUUUUCUCGGUUAUUGGGUGGCAUUUAAUCAAUAGACGUAGAGUUGGUUACGUCGGGAGCGGUGACGUGCGGACAGUGGUGUGAAUGAGACCCGUAUUUAUUUACCGAGAGCAUCAUCAUGCAGCCUCCCCCAAGAAAGGGAAACUACAUGAAGUUCCUGAAAAAUCUUCACUCGGAACAAAUUAACAAGCUGGUCUUGAAGAAUCAGCACGAAUGCGAUUUGCUGGAAGACAUUAGGACGUUUAUCAUUAAGAGAUCGGCAAUAGAAAAAUCUUAUUCCGAAGCUUUACUGAAAAUCUCGUCAGCCUAUUUGAAUAAGAAAAUACCAAAUAUACCAGAUAUAAAAUUAGAUGGUGGAGAAGAAAAAUGGAAUAUGUGGAGCGUAUGGAGAACGGUCCUGGAAGAGAACGAAAAAUUGGCCCGGGCCCGCCUGGCAGCAGUGGAAGUGUUCCAGCAACAAAUUGCAGACGAUGCAAAAAUUUUGAGGUCUCACAAAGUUCAGGCUGCGAAAAAAUGUGUUGACCAACUGGCGAUAGUGCAAAAAGAGUUGCAAACUUGUGUAGUGGACGUGGACAAAACGAAAAAGUUUUACUUCGACGAGGAACACAGUGCUCAUGACGUUAGGGAUAAGGCUAGAGAUAUAGAAGAAAAGUUAAAAAAGAAGAAAGGCUCGUUCUUUCAAUCGAUCACGUCGCUGCAAAAGAACAGCGCAAAGUUUUCGACGAAGCGCGAAAUGCUGGAAGAAAAGUCGACGGGCGCCCGCAACGAUUACCUUUUGUGCCUGGCGGCGGCAAACGCGCACCAGACGCGCUACUUCGUCGUCGACCUGCAGCUCUGCAUGAACCUCAUGGAGAGCGGCGUCUACGACAAAGUGGCCGAAUAUUUAACCUUAAUGGGACGCACUGAACUGCUCACCUGCUCCGCCAUGCAGAACUCAUUUACAAUCAUCAGGGAUCAGGCCAAAAAAUUGACCAGGGAGUACAAUCUGCAGUGCUGCUAUCUGUAUUAUCCCGUGCUCAAGCAGCAUAUACAGUACGAAUUCGAGCCCUGCGAUAAUGAUAAUAUCGAUAAGGUCACUGCUGAGCACGAUUCGGCCGCAGCUACGUUAAGCAAGGAGGCCAGGAGAUGGGCUACUAAGAUCGCGAGAGAAAAUAACACUGUCAAGGAGAGCGUAAGGAAGCUGCAGAUUUACAAUGCUCUUAGGGAGUCGGGGCAAAAGGUGGAUCCGAGCGACCAGAAUGGUCCAGAUCUGGAAACGAAGAUCGAAGACAUGAAGCAGGCGAUCCGCCGGGCGGAAACCAACAAGGCCAAGGCGGAAGCCAGAAUCGAGUGUCUACGAGCCGGCGGAGUCAACGUCGACGAAUGGCUGCAAGAGGCUGAAACCCUUAACGUUCAGGACAUACAGAGAUCGGCCAGCUCUUUAUCGGUGAGGACUGACGCAUCCGGCAUUGCGGAUCAUCCGAGUUCGGACUCGUUUUACGACAGCGAUUUUGCCGAUGGAGAAGUCACGGCCGCGCAGACGGACAAAACGUCCGAAAAGGAUUACGAAGAGGCGCAGCCCGAGUAUUUCGAAACCGCCGAGGUCGACGCGGUGUUGGAGCAAGAAAGACAAAGGAUAGAGCAAUUAACAGCUGGAUGGGACGACCCCACUCAGGUUGAUUGGGGCGCUGAGGCGAUCAGGAACGGUUCAGAAAUUAUGGAAGAUGCCCAAUCAGAACCAAGUGGUCCACUUCUUAAAUGCACGGCAUUGUAUUCCUAUACGGCACAAAAUCCGGACGAGCUGACGAUCGUGGAAAACGAGCAGCUGGAGGUGGUCGGCGAGGGAGACGGCGACGGUUGGCUGCGGGCUCGCAACUACAAAGGCGAAGAGGGCUACGUGCCGCACAAUUACUUGGACAUCGAGCGCGAACAAUCAGUCACCACUCCCGGCCUCCAAAACCAGAUAUCGUUCUCCUCAGUAGACUAUACGAUAGACAACGAAGAGGAGGCGACCCAGCAAUCGGAGACCAACCAGUCUCCCGAACAAAUUUCCGUAAUUUCUCUGCCGAUACAAACGAAAUCCGACGACGAAAUAGGCGCUGAAUACUGCUGCGCUCUAUACGAUUACGAUGGCGAGGGCGACGAAGAGCUCACGUUCGAAGAGGGACAGAUCAUUAGAAUUCUCAAUAGGUGCGCUCACAGCGUGGACGAUGGCUGGUGGCAAGGGGAGCUGGAGGGAAGAGUGGGAAACUUCCCCUCGCUCGUGGUGGAAGAAUGCGACGAGUACGGCGAACCGCUGGGUAACGACGAAGACGAGUCGCCGCCCCCGUCCGCACCGCCCGUCAUCACGCCGCCCGAUUUGCCGGAUUUUCUGGUAGCGCCGGCUGAGGUAAUCGUGACGGGCGCCACCCCUGUAGGCGAUAACCCUCAACAGCCGGCGACCGGCUCCCAAGAAGCUAAAAGGGUGGUCAAAGGAGACGAUGCCGGUUUCGCAAUGGCUCUCACCGGAGACCAACGGAAGCAAUACGGAGAACAGUUCGGCGAUGAUGGACAAAUGAUUCCCACAAUUGAUAUACCUAACGUAGAAAUAAUGGAUGAGGAUGGCCAAUCAAUUUCUCAGGAAGAAGGUGGGAAAUCUGAAGACGACUUUGGUCUCGGCGUUGCUCAGAUAGUAAUAACGGCGGCGACUCCCAUGAUGGAGGAACCGGAAACUCCCUUCCCUCCGCCCGAACAUCCACCUGUGAACCACACUGGCGAGAGGAGGGAAAAGGACGACACCAUCAUGGAGGAGCCAGAGGAGGAAAUUAAUGAGUCCGAAUCGAAAUUGGACAAUACUGAAGAGACGGAUGAACCGAUGGACGAACAUCCGGGAGACAGUGCACCGUUUGUAGUAAGCAGCAGUACAGGUAGUGAUGGCGAAACGACGGGCCCCAGUACAGCGGAGAACUCGGUAAGUCAUGCUCCACCUUCACAGGACCCUGAGCCGAAACAGGUAGUCGGAGGCAGAGCGAGCAUUCCGGACGAAUUGGAGCCGCAUCAGCUGGCGCGGCUGCAAGAUCUCAAAGAAUCCAAUGCCUAGAGAAUUUGACGCUAAACGGACCACACGUAAAAAUAACAAAGAAUUUGAAUGUCGGCUUUAAAUAGUACCUACGGGAGAGUCUUCAAGAGAUUCAAGGGUUUUGGUCAGCCUCAAGAUGUGGACUUCUCGUUUUAUCCAUAACAUAGUUCUUUUGAAAUACAUGUAUACUGCAAACUGGGGUUAACAAAUAUUAUUCUCCUGGAAAAAAUGGAAUACACUGGUUUUUAAAACUUGAUGUAACACAACAUUUUUGGUAGCUUAUUGAAUCGAUAGUAACGAUUUAGCAAAUCCAAAGUUUCCCAGUGUUGUGAUUGUAUCUUUAAAAUAGAUUUCUUUCUCAAAAAAUAAAAACAACAAAUGCUAUUUUAAUUUAAAAACUUUUCUGAAGACUUUCCCCAUAUAAAAUACGCAUUGCGUGAACGAUUGGUUGUUUGGGUCGCGCGAAUAUUUGUACCUACCUAAUUUGUUAUUUAUGAGAAAUUUCACGUUAGUAAAUUUGUGUUUGUUCAUUUUAUGUAUUUUAUAAAAUGAAACGUCUAAACUGUUUGCCGGUCUAAAAAAUUGAAAAGGGGUUUCAUUUGAUAAAAACGUUAUUUAUUUAUUAUCGCAGAGUUGCGAGUUGUUAUUUCUCCAAAUACGGACAUAGUUAAAGAGAACGUUUUAGUUUAGUUAGUAGGAGUAAUUUUUACGUAAAGUUUUUAUAUUUCAUUAAAAAAACAUUUUAAAUUUUUUCAGAAUCAAUACCAUAUUUAACUUAUAAAACACAUGAUUUCCUAUACAUUUAAGUAAACAAUUAAAAUAUUAAUCAGAAGUCAAUUAAACAACCCGCACAACAAUCCUUAGUUUAUAUGUUUUUAUGAGUUUUACCCAUCGCCGGACUGGCUUUUAAAAAGAGCGCGGGCCACGUGACCUCAAAGGCGACCAAAUAAUAUUAAUAUUAUAAAAUAAUAUUAAAAUUAAUAUUUUGUCGCCUUUGAGGUCGGAUGGCCCGCGCUCUUUUUAAAAGCCAGUCCGGCACUGGGUAAAACUUAAGUUAAUUAUAAAAACAUCACAAAUCGGUGAUUUUUUUAGCAGGAAACGAAAGUUGAAUUUUUAUGCCAAAUCUCAGAAUUUACACAUAGUUAAAAUAGUUCCUACAUGGAAAAAAGUAAACAGUAACCAUUCAUCACAGAACACUAACCAUUGAUGCGCAGAACAGCGUCAGGAACUGUAGUGAUCAAUAUUCUGCAAUGAAUUAAUUAUUAUUAUAAAUUUAAAUUAGGUGGAUUACUGUUCUACGCAUCAAUGGUUACUGCGUUGUUUUCUCCGUGUACUUUUGAGCAGUUAAAAAUAAAAUAGUAAAAUAUUAUAUAUUCUUAAAGGGAAUUUAAUUUUCAAAAUUAACGAAUUUUAAGCGCGAAUAUCUCAUAAACUUUACGAGAUAGCGGAACAAUGAAUGGAAUCAAUCUUGUAGAAAAUUUUGUCUGCUAUUAUUUUGUAAAAAAUUGUCUUAUCGCUAGGACCAGUUUCCAAAUUAUAAGCAUACGUAAAAUGUGUGCGUACAGGUAUUAUUGGAGUUAAAAUUAUUAAAUGCCACAUGGAUCUUUAUUUGAACGCGUGCAUGACUGCGCCACUUAAUUUGAAAUGAAUUCAUGAUCUUAUUUGAUACAAAAAUUAACAAAAUGCAUGAGAAAUCACGGCGUGAGGUAAACUGCGAAAAAUCUGAGCUCAGGGAUGCUGUGCGGGUAGUAAACUCAAUGUUAGAUAUCGAAAAAUCGAUGACCAUUAUAAAAAUCAUUUAAUUAAAGAAAAUUCAUUCAUUUUAAGAUAAUAUGGUUUAUCAGUUAGGAAAAAUGUUUUCUUAGAGAGGGUUAGUGUUCCUUGCUGAUGAGAUUUUAAUGAAGACGAUGAUUUUCCUGAGAACGCUUUUAAAUACUAAGCUAUUUUUUGUAGUAUCAUGGUUUUGCAUGGUUUGGUCAUUUAUGUGUAAAUAUAUUGUAUAUAUUGAAAUAAUAUAAAGUAUUAUAAAAUACACUAAUACAAUGCAUAAUCCAUAUCUUUGUUUUUGGCCGAUAAUUGUUAAUAUUUAAAAUUUGUAAAUUAAUGUAAAUAGCUUAAAUGACAUGCACAAACUUGCUGAAGUAACAACGAUAUCAAUAGUCAUCAAACAUGAUCUGGAUUUUAAUUUAAGUUAGUUUACCUAAACCAUAUUUUUAUGCUAAAGGAAAAUUUUCGUCACAUUAUGCUCUUAAAAAAUUACUAGACUACAUGCUAGCUCUUAAUGUUAUCUACGCUUAUUAUUGAUAUUUGUUCAUAUAUACCUACAGUGUGUUUCCGUUGCCAAUGGAAAAAAAUGUUAGUAUGCAUUUUACGAAAAAAUUAUUCCCCCAUAACUCAUGCUUGUUUAAAAAAUGAGAUUUCCAUAAAAACAAUUUGAAUCAAAAUUAUAGGGUGCUUACAGAUUAAGAAAACAUAAAAAUACUUCAAGAGAGAAGUACUUACCUUGAUAUUAUUUUAUAGAAAAUUUUUAUAAGGAAAAUCAAAUAAAUGUUAUACUAAAGAUUUUAUUUCGUAUUUAGACUUUAAUUUUAUUACAUUUUUCUAUAAAAUAUUAAUCAAAGGUUAUUUUAUAAACAAAAUAACUUACCUACUACUGCUCUAAUGGAUUUAACAAUUAAACAUAUUAAUCAAAGGUACUUCCCUUUUAAAACAUUUUAAUGUGUUCUUAACUUUUGAGCACCCUGUACAUUAUUUUUAUUCUUUAAUCUAAUUUUUUAAAUAAGCAGAAGUUUUAAUGAAGAAUGCUUUUUUUGGUAAAACACUUAAGUUUUUACUAUUGCCAACCCCAUCCGGGGACACUGUGUUUUUUUUAUUUGGGCCUAGCGUUUAAAGAAAUAAUUAUGACUGAUUCAUUAAAUAAACAAAGAUAUGUAUCAUCUGUACAACUUCCUUUUGGUUUAUUUAAACAAUUUAGAUGUUUCGAAAAUUUACUUGAGACGAUAUAAUUAAAAAGGGGAUUAUAUUAAGUAUAAAUAUUUAUUAAGCGCACUGUUAGACCAUUUGUGUGAUAGAUUUUAAGGAGAGAUCUAGAAAAAGACGGCAUUAAUAAAUAUCCUUUGCUGACUCUUUCUUCUAAUUUAAUUUGUUUAUCUGUUGAUUCGUUGAGUUUUUGUUAAUGUUUACAGCAAUAAGUAGGUACGUACUUUAUGGUACCGUUGUAUUUGUAAAUAGUCUGUAUCAGUAUCAGUAUGAUUUUAAUUUAAUGUUAUGUACCAGGGAACAAGUAUCUAUUUUGAGAUUUUGAUUACAAAACUUUAGUUUAUUAUAACUUAAAAUGCUUAUUAUAUCAUUUUAAUCGUUUUCUCAGAAGUACUUGGAUGUUUAGAGGUAGAUAUAACAUUUGUACCCCCAUUUCUGUCGAAUAAAAUUGUGUAUUUUUCGCAAAUAUUUUUAGUUUGCGUUCUAGUCCUGAUUGCUCCAUAAUAAAAAAUAUAGAAUCACCACUUUAAUCUAAAUUUAAAGAAAUCAUAAAAUGUGUAUAUAAUAUUUUUUGUUAUGGACAAGGCAGUUGUUGUACAAAACACAGGCUGUUUUAUGCGAUUGUAUUGAAUUUCCCCCCGUCUUCUUUCAGCGGUGCCUUCUUAUUAAUAACCUCAAUCUCACCUGUAGAUAAGUACUAUAAUUUCUUAAUGUAAAUUAUAAGACCUGGUCUCCAAACAAAUACUGAAAAUAACUUAAUUAAUCCGUUCUAUGUAACAUCAAAUAUAUAAAGUAAAUGAUUUAUGUAGCAA